UUCGGCAAGGCCCGAGUGGUGUCGGAAAGAGCCGAAGGCGGCCGGAAGUUGCCGAGCGCGGGGCCGGAAGGGAGCGAGCGUUGCCGAGCGGGGGUCGGUGCCGCCGCGGCCUAGCGCGGGGUCGGAGCCGGGGACCGGGAGCCGAGGACCGGGGACCGGGGGGCGGGGCCGCCGUUAGCGCCUCCGCCAUGUCGGACUUCGACGAGUUCGAGCGGCAGCUCAACGAGAACAAACAAGAGCGGGACAAGGAGAACCGGCACCGCAAGCGCAGCCACAGCCGCUCCCGGAGCCGGGACCGGAAGCGCCGGAGCCGGAGCCGGGAUCGCCGCAACCGGGAUCAACGCAGCGUGUCCCGGGACCGCCGGCGGCGCCGGUCACCCCUGAGCCUCUCGGGCCCCUUGAGCCGCUCCCCCAGGCACGAGAAGAAGAAGAAGAUCCGCAAAUACUGGGACGUGCCCCCCCCGGGCUUCGAGCACAUCACCCCCAUGCAGUACAAAGCCAUGCAAGCGGCGGGGCAGAUCCCGGCCACGGCUCUGCUGCCCACCAUGACCCCGGACGGGCUCGCCGUGACCCCCACCCCUGUGCCCGUGGUGGGGAGCCAGAUGACGCGCCAGGCCCGGCGCCUCUACGUGGGCAACAUCCCCUUCGGCAUCACCGAGGAGGCCAUGAUGGACUUCUUCAACGCCCAGAUGCGCCUGGGGGGGCUGACGCAGGCCCCCGGCAACCCCGUCCUGGCUGUGCAGAUCAACCAGGACAAGAACUUCGCCUUCCUGGAGUUCCGCUCUGUGGAUGAGACCACGCAGGCCAUGGCUUUCGAUGGGAUCAUUUUCCAAGGGCAGUCGCUGAAGAUCCGGCGGCCCCACGAUUACCAACCGCUGCCUGGGAUGUCCGAGAACCCCUCGGUCUACGUGCCCGGUGUUGUCUCCACCGUGGUCCCCGACUCCGCUCACAAGCUCUUCAUCGGGGGUCUCCCCAAUUACCUGAACGAUGACCAGGUGAAGGAGCUGCUGACGUCCUUUGGGCCCCUCAAAGCCUUCAACCUGGUGAAGGACAGCGCCACCGGGCUCUCCAAGGGGUACGCGUUCUGCGAGUACGUGGACAUCAACGUCACCGACCAGGCCAUCGCGGGGCUCAAUGGGAUGCAGUUGGGGGACAAGAAGCUCCUGGUGCAAAGGGCCAGUGUGGGGGCCAAGAACGCCACCCUGGUGAGUGGGGGGGGGCACACUUGGGGUGACCCCCCCAUUAUGGGGGGGGCACUUUGGGGGU